CUAAGGUUACUCCUGAGACCAUCUCCAUAAUUCAGAGUCGGAUGGAUGUCAUGGAAGAGACAGUAUGGGAGCGUAGGAGAAAGAAACUCCUUCAAUUGUACCAGGACCGCUAUGUCAGGGAGCCAACCUCACUACGAAAUUACAUUAACACUGACAACAGAUCAAUCAGUAAUUAUACAUCAUCAGCAGGGGAUUUCGGACGACAAGACUCGUACCCAGAUCAGUAUCUUACGUCCAGGCGUACCUCCUUGAACACGUCUGAAAGAUCAUCCACCGAUGUGGUCUUUCAGAAAGACUUUGGUGGCCGAGACUUGUACUCAGAUCGAUAUCUCUCGCCUGGCCGUAGGGACAGUCAAACGUCAGACCGAACUGUCAGUGAUGAAUUGUCUGCUGAACGUCCGGGCCAUCCUCAGUAUCUCGCACCCCUCCCCAGCUACGUCAAAAAGGCAUGGAGUCCUUCGAACGACGACGUCUUUGAAGACAAUGUCUCAUAUGGAGACGGCUACAUCGCACUUUCCUGAGACAUUUUUUUUUAGUUUUUAUAACUGUAAAUCAUGGAAAAAGAUAAAGAAAGACUGAAUGCAGCUACUGGACUUUCCAAAGACUAUAGUUGAAGAAAGCAGUGACUUAUGUUAAUGAUGAUCAUGUCUCGGU